CUCUAUUUGCUUAAUUUUAUACAAGUUAUCAUUAAUAUGCCUACCGCUUAAUAAAUGCUUUUGAACCAUUUAAACUAAUUUAAUUUAAAUUAUUACUACACUCUGAAACAUGACAAGGCUCUAAGCUUGGGGCUUCUGUUUAAUGGCAACAUCGCAAAAUCGCUGUUGGCCUUCGCUUCUGAGCCAGCAAUUUCCUCACAUAAUUCGUUAAUUUCACUUGCAAUUUCAAUCUGUUUAUAGUUAAUCUUGGCAUAAACAACCUCAGUCCCGACAGCCAACAUGACCAAGCCGCGGGUCUAAGACGACCCCUGGAAGCAGUUUUUGGUCACAGUUCAGCUACCACUUGCGAUCCACAUGCGAUCCACACGCUGUAAGCUAGCCAAGUCUGAGUGAGAAUCAGCCAAGUGUGGCGCCAAAUGCGACUCCAGUAUUGCACAGGCAGGAAGCAUUAGCUUCUUUGCUCUACUCCCCCGCAUUCCAUUCAACGUGUUCAACGCUCAAAACAUUCAAAGAAAUCUUGAGUAAUCUCCAUGGCUCCACAUAACGUUUUUAAAAAACAGUUUUAACGCGCAUUCCGAUCGCGACGGUUCGUGAAAAAAGCAAACGGCUAAAACGACUCCUAAAAAUGCGCUUAGUGCAUGUUUUAAUUAAAUUACUGAGAAAUUAAGCAACAAAAGCAAAAGUGCGUUUGAAAGUGAAGUUAAAGAAAUAUUGAGAAAGAAGCUGAGAAAUUAAAGUGCAGCUUAUACAAAGCAACUGUGCAGAGUUUUUAACUAGUUGAAAUAAAUAAAAAUUAUAUAAAAUAUUAAGAAAAGAAAAUUUAAAUUAUAAAUACAAGGAAUUACUGUGACACAAAACGGAUAUUUUGGAUACGCUGGCUGUGGAGUAAGCUAUGCGCCCUUCUGGGUGGAUCUUCUGCAUGAAUUGAAAGUUAUUCAAAAUGUUAUAUCGAUCCCUACUCUUGCUCUGCGCUGCCUGGAUAGCGUUGGUGCGAGCAGACAGCUGUCCCCCCUCAGAAGCCAUACUGCCAUGUCGCUGCUCACUGCGAGGCAAGGAGAUUCAAAUAUGGUGCUCGCAUAGCAACCUGCCGCAGAUCAUGGACGGUCUCAAGUCCGUGGAACGCAAUAUCAAGACCCGCAUCGAUGAGCUGGUGCUGGAGAACAAUCAAUUGCCAGCAUUGCCUGGACGCUUCUUUGGUAAUCUGCAAAUUGUGCGUCUAAUGCUUAGGUACAACAGCAUCGAACGUGUGUCCAAUGGCUGGCUGAAUGAGUUGGAGAACAGUCUGGUGGAGAUCUUUAUAGUGGAGCCACAGCUGCGCAGCAUUCCCGCCGAGAGUUUGAACGGCAUGAUCAAUAUGCUGGCCAUCACCAUCCAAAGCGAUGAGCUGAAGCAUCUGCCCGACUUCUCGGGUCUGCUCAGCCUGACCUAUCUGAGUGUGCAGAGUGCAUCGCUCACAGAGCUCUCCUCGCACAGCUUCCGUCAUCUGCCCAAGCUGCAGCACAUACACAUCACGGGUGGAGCGGGUCUAACGCGCCUUGAGGCGGGUCUCUUCGAUGGAUUGAUCUCGCUAAAGAAUCUCGAUCUCAGUCGCAACGGUCUCAACUGGAUUCAUCUGCGUGCUUUGACUCGUUUGCCCAAUUUGGUGAGUCUGAAGUUGUCGCAUAAUCAGAUCAGCGAUGUGGGCAUGAUUGGACGCAUUGUCAAGGAUCUGGAGCAUCUGAAGAAGCUGCGACUUGAUCAUAACAUUAUUGCUGUCAUCGAGGAUGGUUCCUUUGUGGAUCUGCCCAAUCUGUCGGAGCUGCAUUUGAACGAUAAUCGCAUCACUGAGCUGCAAUACGGCGCCUUUCUGCGUACGCCACAAUUAAAGACCAUUCAUCUGCACAACAAUCUAAUACGUCGCAUACAUCCGGAAUCGCUGCUCCAAGCAUCUGGAAGUGGAGUUGAGGCUGUUCACAUCUACAACAAUGAGAUUGCCCAUGUGGAGGCACUGCGUGCACUGCUCGAUGCGUUGCCCACCUUGAGGUUCCUCGAUAUGAGCAACAAUCUGCUGAGCGAGCUGCCUUAUGGCGCCUUGCGUGGUCAUGGCACGCUGGAGCAACUGCAUCUCAACAAUAAUCAGCUGAGGCUAAUAGAGCGGGAUGCUUUGAUGGCCAUGCCCGCGCUUCGUGAGCUGCGCAUGAGGAACAACAGCCUCAGCUCGGAGUUGCCGCUGCCCUUCUGGAAUCUGCCCGGUCUUAAGGGUCUCGAUCUGGCCCAGAAUCAGUUCACACAUGUCGAUGCACAGCUGCUGGCGGGUUUGCCCUCGCUGCGUCGUCUCGAUCUCAGCGAGAAUGGUCUGAUUGAUUUGGCUGCGAAUAGUUUUCGUCACAAUCCGCUGCUGGAGACGCUGAACAUCUCCUCGAAUGAGCUGAGCCAACUGCACCCGGGCACGUUGCUGCACCUGGAGCGUCUCUUCGAGGUGGAUGCCAGUUACAAUCAGUUGUCCAGCGUCAUUGGCGGUCUACCCCGGAUUGUGGAACGCAUCUUGUUGCGCGGCAAUCGAAUUGCAUCACUCCCGGCUGCGGGCAGCAAAUCGCUGCAGCUGCCUAAUCUUCGCAUGCUUGAUCUCAGCCAGAAUCGCAUUGAGCAGCUGUCGCGCCAUGGCUUCCAGUCGGCACCCGAGCUGCGUGUGCUGAGUCUGGCGCAGAAUCAGCUGCGACAGCUGGAGGACACUUCGUUCAUUGGCAUUCAGCGACUGGAGCUGCUGCAUCUGCAGGACAAUCAGCUCGGAGAGGCGGAUGAGCGUUCUUUGCUGCCGCUCGCUGAGCUUCGCAAUCUCAAUCUGCAGUCCAAUAAGCUGGAGUCCAUCACCGACAACUUCUUCUCCAACAACAGUCGACUGGAGCAGUUGGAUCUCUCACGUAAUCUCAUACGCAGCAUCUCCCCAACAGCCUUUGAUAAUCAACGGUCCUUGGAGUACUUGGAUCUGUCGGGAAAUGCGCUGCUCGAUAUCUCCGUGGGUCUGGGAAAUCUGCACAGUCUGCGUGACGUCGAUCUCAGCUACAAUCAAAUCUCGCGUGUCCAUGCCGAUGUCGUCAAUGCCUGGCGCAAUGUGGUUGAGAUGCGACUGUCCAACAAUCUCAUCGUGGAACUGCAGCAGGGAACAUUUCGCAAUCUGCCCAAACUGCAGUAUCUCGAUCUGAGCAGCAAUGAGAUUGCCAGCGUUCAACCGGGCGCUCUCAAGGGUCUGCCAGAGCUGCAGGAGUUUGUGCUAGCGGACAACAAGUUGGUCGAGCUCAAGGAUCACGUCUUUGAGGAGCUGCCUGCGCUCCUUGCUUCGCACUUUCAGUACAACAAGCUGCGCUACAUCUCGCCGGAGAGUUUCCAUCAUGCCAACUCAUUGGUCUUUCUCAACUUGUCGAACAAUCACUUCAGAAACAUGGAGAACAUUGGUCUGAGAAGUAUGCGCAAUCUUGAGGUCUUGGAUCUGUCAACCAAUGGUGUAAAACUGGUCUCCACAAUGCCUCUCAAGGCGCUCAACUGGCUCGUUGAACUGAAGAUGGACAACAAUCAAAUAUGUCGCAUUCAGGGUUCCCCUUUUGAGACUAUGCCCAGACUGCGUGUCUUGUCCAUGCGAAAUAAUCAGCUGAGAACCAUCAAAGAACGCACUUUUAGGAACCUGAGAGGCAACAUUGCAAUACUCGAUGUGGAUGGCAAUCCCAUCGACUGCAACUGUGAGAUGCAGUGGCUCUCGGUCUGGCUGCAGGAAACCAACUUUCCCUACCCCGGUCCCAAAUGCCAAGACGGACGCUUGUUGCGUGCGGCGCGCAUGGAACGCAGUCUGUGCAUGGGUCUGGAGUUGUUCCAGGGCGGCGAGAACAACGAACGCACUGAGGGCAAUCAUUUGCCGUUGCUCAACGAGCAUGGCGAUGUGUUUCAACGUGAUCUGCCCGAGGAUUUCAAUGAUGAGUGCGAUGUGACGGGUGAACGACCCAUGGUCGGUGAAAGUGAAUACUUCUACGAUCAGUAUGUGGACUCCACUGAUGUGCCCGAUGCCAGCAAUGCAGUGGUGAGCAGCUCCCAGCGUCCCAAGCCUGUGCCUGCUACUAGCGGCAACCUCGAUCUGAACAACACGUUGCUGCACACGAAAUACUUCAAUCGACGUCCACAACCAGCGCCUGGAGCGGGUUCACCCUUCACCUUCUUUGGUUAUCCCAUACCCAGUCUGAGUUUAGGUCGCUUCUUUGGCUUUGGCGAUCGCGGACGGAAGCAGCGCACAGAUGCGGAUGACCAGAUGCCGGCCACGCAUCGCAUGGCGAACAUUAAUCUGCCCACGGGUCGUGGGAAGACACGCAUGUAUCAGCCGAAUAGCGCCGAGUUUGAGAAGUAUCUCCGCGAGCAGCAGCAGCAUCAACACAAGGAGCAGGAGAAACUCACGCCUGGCAUACGCAAUCGCUACAUGGAGACAGAGUCCAGCACCAGCUCGGGUGAGGAGCCACAAAGCAAUGAGAGUGGCGCCGUCACCACUGCGGGCAUCUUUCGAACCACAUUCCGGGAGCCGGCGAGCAUUGAACGCGGCGGCUUUCGACCCAUUGUGCCCGCCCAUGUGGGCGGCUUUAUGCCCGUGCAUGAUCCGCAACAGCGACGCGGUCUCAUCGAGCCGGUGAAUGUCACCAGCAAGCCGCACAUGGAGCGACACUUUGUGCCCAUUGCUGCACGCCCUGAGCAGUUGCCUGCGCGUCCCAAGCCGACGGCAAGCGCCGAGAGCAGCGAGACAGCCACGUAUUAUGUGACCGAAACGACGCCAGAUGUGACCACACAGAUGCCUGUGAUGCAGAGCACUCGACCGCUGACCACGCCUCGCAGCACAACCACAACCACAAGGCGAACGACUACAACUACAACCACCACAACGGCACCGCCAAGCAGCUCUAGCGCCACUUCCAGCGAGCAGCCAGCAGAGGAUUCGCAAUACGAUGAUGAAGAUCUAGAAGCGCAGUCCGUCACAUUGCUGCGACCGCCACCGCAACUGGUGCAAACAACCACAGCCGAGACUAUACUCUUGAUACCGCCAGCUGAGGAGCACGAGGCGCAGAUCAAAAGCCAUUCAUGGGUGACGACACCGUCGACUACAGACGCCAGCAGCGAUGACUACCAAGCGACACCUAAUGGUGCAAGAACUACAACAUCUCCAAGAGGUGCUGCUAUACGUCCUCCAGGUGGCCGAUCGACCAUCACCAAGGUGUAUACGCCACAUCAGCAACAACAGCAGCUGUCGCAGCCCACGGCGGAGGAGUAUCAACGCACCACGCCCAGCGCAUCGGACAAUGAGAGCUUUGCCAGUGAACAGCAGCUGACUUCGAGGCAGGCACAAAAGCGCACUGAUACGUUGCCCGAGUUGACGCCCUUGGAGGAGCGAGGAGGAGAGCGAAAGGAUGGCAUGGACUGGUACUAUGAGAGCUUCAAGAAGAAACGAGAAUUCACCGACCGAGGAGGCGGCGGGGGCUCAAUCAGAUCUUCGACGGGCAACAACAAAGAGUUGGCUUAUGGCAAUGUGCUACACGAAUUCAAUACCAACCAUAGUUGGCGGCAUUCUGCUCAAGGAGGAAUCCUUUGCUUGCUCCCUUUGCUGUUGUGGAUUUGUUAA